CUCAGCAUGAGGAAAGGGAGUAGGGAAAUAAAAGCUGUACUCUCCAGCUGUCCUGACCACUAAGGGACAUCAGGGACCAUGAGUGACUCCAAGAAAGUGAAGGAGCCAUCGCUGGGCCUCCUGGACGAGGAAGAGCAGAUACCUGGGGCCACCAGAUAUUUUGUGAAAGGCUCUGUGCACCAACUGGCUGGUGAUCUCAAGGACGUUGCAGGGGGUCUGAGCCAUGGCCAUGCACUUCAGCUUCUCUCCCUCACCCUCUUCACCCUUCUCCUGCUGAUUGUCCUGGUCAAAGUGUCCAGAUUUCCUGGCUCCCAAGAGCACAUCAAGGAAGACAAGAUCUACCAGGAUCUGACCCAACUGAAAGCUGGAAUUGAAAGCCUAUGCCACCCCUGCCAGUGGGACUGGACAUUCUUUCAAGGAAAUUGUUACUUCUUCUCCGAGAUACAACACAACUGGCACAAUUCUGUCACUGCAUGCCAGGAAAUGGGGGCCCAGCUCGUGGUCAUCAAAAGUGAGGAGGAGCAGAGAUUCCUGCAGCAGGCUUCUAAGAGUAAAGGCCGCACCUGGAUGGGGCUGUCCGACCUGAAACAUGAGGGCAUGUGGCACUGGGUAGACGGCUCCCACCUGAUGUUCAGAUUCAUGAAAUAUUGGAAUGAAGGAGAGCCCAACAGUUCUGGGGAUGAAGAUUGUGCAGAAUUUAGAGGUGAUGGCUGGAAUGAUGUGCAAUGUAAGCUUGAAAAAUUCUGGAUCUGCAAGACAUCUGCAGCCUUCUGCCCUACCAAGUGAAGCCCGUCUAUUGCCAAAGUGCCCUAGUCAUGGUACCCCUGCUGGGGGCCAUUCUGUGUUCUGUCAGUCAGUUCCUUCUUCCUGUCUGUGGGUAUUGAGAUUUUUGAUAAGAGCUUUUCUUUUCUUCUCUCUCCCUCUAUCCCUUAGUCCCUUCUUUGUUGGAGACUGGGACCUUCUAUGUAACAAGGCUGAUCCAGAACUUGAGGAUCUCCUGCUUCAGUAUCCCAUGUGCUGGGAUUAC